ACUAGCAGUGGACGAACUCCUAACGCUAUGUUACCUAAUGUUAUGUUUUCCAGGAACCCAAAUGCAUAGACAAAGUGGACGACCUAGCGUUCAUAACUAUGACGAUGUUCUCUAUAACAACCGCGGCAGUCAACAUGCUCAACUCCUACUUAGCCCGAUUUGUCGGUAAAAGAGCCAUUGCGAUCUUCUUACAUCUAUUGGGAGGAAUUUGCGGCCUGGUGCUACCCUGGGUGCAUAACUCUACAGCAAGUCUGAUCGUCUUCUUCUUCUUUCAAGCAAAUUUAAUCGCUAUGGGCCUAACUACAGGGUUUACUGUUGAAGUGUAUCCUACGUAUUUGAGAGCGAUGGCGGUUUGCCUGACGAUGAUGGUGGGGCGCGGCUCCUCGUUCCUCGUCAUCAGCUACGUGGGGGUGCUGAUGGAGACUCACUGCGACUACACUUUCUACGGUUUCGGACUCAUCGUACUGUCGGGUGCAGUAGUGGGCAUGUGGUUGCCAUCGGAGGAGAAGCCGGGUUCCGACAGCGCAGGGACCGAUUUCAGUGAUACACAGUGGACAGUUGAACAAGUCAAGAAGUUCUAGUCCAUCGAGAAUCUCCAUUAUGUCCAGUGUCCACACAGUACGUACGUAGUUACAGGGUGCCAUUACACGAAAUAAAAAGAGAUUAUUAACUA